CAUCAUGUGAUCUUCGUUACCUGAGCCUUAAUUUAUGUAGCUUCCCGGAGGUUGAAAACUGCAGCCAGUCUUUCUCCUCGUUCCCUUCACCAUAUUCCGUUUUCCAUCAGCAUAAUUCUUCACUAUGGCAUCAAGGAUGCCACCGCCCAAGAACCUCGGACGCUCUUUUGACACUCGAUACAACGGAAUCUUCAAGAAGAGUACUGAUUUUUGCGAGAUGUUCCCAGAUGCUCGUGUCCUUAUCGUCAUCAAAAAGCCUGGAAUUCAACCUCUUGUAUUCUCAUCAGAACAGCACGGGCUGGGAUGGCCUUCUGCUAUCGAAGAAUACAUCAAAACGAGUGAAGCAAUCGUCAAACGCCCCGCUCAUUACCAGAGUCUCAACGAAGGCAUCUCGAAAGGCCGGGCUAUGUUAGUACGGUCAUCUUUAUCGCCUUCGCCGCCCGAAAGGAAUACUACAAAAAGGACCCUAGAUUGGAUAGAAGCCUGUGAGGACGAUAGUACCCUUGAUGGUUCUAUGUCAACCUCUCCGCUUCCUGCAUCUAAAAGACGGGCCUUGGAUUACACCUCGCCGCGAUCUAAUCGAAAUGCUAGUCCGUUUCCGACUUUCAUACUGCCAUCAGAGUCCAGGCCUGCUUCCGAGCGGUCAACAUGUGACGCAGUGUAGAUAUCUUGCAAAACUACAUACAACAUAGAAUCCACA